UGCUUACGCUCAGGGGGUCCAAACCGUAUGCGCGGCGUGGAAGAGGGUAGAAAAUUUGCAAACACGAGCUUGUUCUGUUUUGCUGCAGCCUGCAUAAAUCAAUCUCUAUUCAUUUCGUCACAGAGAAAGACGAAAAGGAGAAAGAGAGACAGAAACAAGCGCAGUUUCAAAGUUUUAUUAAACCAAGAUUUGGAAUUUCUCUGAUAAUACUGUAAAAUUGCAGUUGAGCUUGUAUUCGUGUUGAUUCGGCCAUCUUCGGAAUGAGAUCCAGAUCGAGGAGGUAGUGAUUACUGAUUAGAGCAGAAAGAGUGACAAGAUGAGUGACAGCGAGCGGUUUCAGCUUGGUACUAUCGGUGCGUUGAGUCUUUCAGUGGUUUCUUCGGUGUCUAUUGUGAUUUGCAACAAGGCUCUUAUUAGUUCCCUUGGUUUCACUUUCGCCACAACUUUAACAAGCUGGCAUCUUCUGGUCACAUUCUGUUCCCUUCAUGGGGCAUUGUGGAUGAAAUUGUUUGAACACAAGCCUUUUGAUCCAAGAGCUGUAAUGGGCUUUGGCAUACUUAAUGGGAUCUCAAUUGGACUUUUGAAUCUAAGUUUGGGUUUCAACUCUGUUGGUUUCUAUCAGAUGACUAAGCUAGCUAUCAUCCCUUGCACUGUUCUUUUGGAGACCCUUUUCUUUAGGAAGAGAUUCAGUAAGAGUAUCCAGUUCUCUCUCACCAUUCUUCUUUUUGGUGUUGGGAUUGCAACUGUGACUGAUGUGCAACUCAAUGCUCUGGGAUCUGUCUUAUCUCUGCUUGCAGUUAUUACAACUUGCAUUGCUCAGAUUAUGACCAAUACCAUCCAGAAGAGGUUUAAGGUGUCUUCAACACAACUCUUGUAUCAAUCCUGCCCCUAUCAAGCAAUGACUCUAUUCAUCACUGGUCCAUUUCUAGAUUGGCUUUUGACUAAUCAAAAUGUUUUUGCUUUCAAGUAUACACCCCAAGUGCUGGUCUUCAUAGUUCUGUCCUGCCUCAUCUCUGUCUCUGUUAACUUCAGUACAUUUCUUGUAAUUGGGAAGACUUCUCCUGUCACAUAUCAGGUCCUAGGGCAUCUGAAAACAUGCCUAGUUUUGGCUUUUGGUUAUGUCUUACUUCAUGAUCCAUUUAGCUGGCGGAACAUAUUUGGAAUCAUGAUUGCUCUAGUUGGCAUGAUACUUUAUUCGUACUUCUGCUCUGCUGAGAAUCAGCAAAAAGCUAGUGAAGCAUCUACACAACUGUCCCAGGUAAAGGAAGGUGAAUCUGAUCCGCUAUUAAGCGUGGAAAAUGGAACUGGGAUUGUUACUGAUGGUGGGGUUCCAAAAGCCCCUGUAUGGAACUCAAACAAAGAUUUGCAUGCAUAAAAAAACUUUCUAUAGAAAUUAAUUCAUACACCCAGAGCAAAUUAAUAUGUAAGUGGUCAAGCCAUGAAGAUAUUGGCAUCAAGAUUAUGUCUCCAGGAUUGCAUUGACAAAUGGUACAGGUGCGAGCUUGUUGAGAUCAAGUAACUCCCGCUAUUGUAGUAAGUGGAAUUGAAAGUGCAUUUUUCUCCUUUGCAGUUUUGACUAUCAUCUGUAUAAACUAGAAAAUUUGGUAUGCCAACAGUCAAAUUCGUUAGAAUGGAAUGCCUGUUUUUAAUUUA